CCUGGCGAUACUUGUUAUGGCUGUUCAAGCGCGGUUUUGUUAUGAAAAUAUGGGUUUGCCUUUGCCUAUUCUUCCUUCAUUCGAAGCUGGUUUUAGUCUUCAAGAGUUUCCUUCUCAACAAAACGCUCAGAGCUUGGUUUCCAUGGCGGUUUCUCAACCUUUAGAUGCUCAACUGGAGAUUCAAAGGCAGGAACUUGAUUGUUUUCUUCAGUUACGGAACGAAAGACUAAGAUAUGCGUUACGAAAGCAAAGGAAUGAACAGCUGGGGAAUCUGUUAAAGAUUGUGGAAUCGAAGGCGUUAUAUUUGUUGACUCGAAAAGAAGAAGACUUGGCACGAGCAACAAAUAAAAGAAUGGAGCUCGAAGCAUGCUUAAGAGAAGUGGAAAGAGAAAGCAAGUCAUGGCAAAGACUUGCUGAAGCCAAUGAAUCAACGGCUAUGGAUCUUAGCAAAAGACUCGAACAAGCCAAAGACAAUGCAGUUGAAGACGAAGAGUCCUGCAACAAUGAUCAACAACAAGACAGAGACAGUAAGAUGGCUUGUAAACAGUGCAACUCUAAGAGCUCAUGCGUUCUCUUUUUACCUUGCAGACACCUUUGCUCCUGCAAAUCAUGUGAACCAUUGCUUGUUUCUUGUCCCGUCUGUAAAUCCGUAAAGGAAGGGAGCGUUAAAGUUUUUUUGGCUUAA